AUGGCGGAUGACGUCGAAGAAUUUAUACAUAACAUGAAGCUCGAAAAGCCUACCCUCAUUGGCCAUUCGAUGGGUGCGAAGACCGCAAUGACCGUCGCAUUGCGGUGUCCCAAGCUCGUAUCAUCAUUUGUCGCAGUGGACAACGCGCCCAUUUCCGCAACCUUAGGCAACCAAUUCGCGAAAUACGUAAAAGGCAUGCAGGAAAUUGAGAGAGCUAAUUUCACGAAGCAAAGUGAUGCGGAUCGUGUCCUCCAGCAAUAUGAGGAGUCCCUCACGAUCCGCCAAUUCCUCCUCACCAACCUUAUUCGAUCGAAGGAAGACAAUACGCUAAAGUUCCGGGUCCCAGUACAACUUCUUGGUCAAUCUUUGGAUGAGCUCGCAGGUUUCCCCUUCAACACGUCUAACAAUAUCAAAUUUGAAGGUCCGUCGCUUUUUAUAAGAGGGACAAGGAGCCACUAUGUGCAAGAUCAAACUUUGCCUAUUAUUGCGCACUUUUUUCCCAAUUAUCGCCUUGUAGACAUUGAUGCUGGACACUGGGUGAUUUCAGAGAAUCCUGAUGCGUUCAAAAACGCUGUUACGGAGUUCCUUCAGUAA